AUGGUGGAAAUUCUGGAGCAGAAAAAAGAGGCCCGGCGCCCGCAACUAGCAGCAGCAGCAGCAGCAGCAGCAGCAGCAGCAGCAGCUGGAGCAGCAGCAGCAGCUGGAGCUGCAGCAGCAGCUGGAGCAGCAGCAGCAGCUGGAGCGGCAGCAGCAAUGGCAACAGCUACAGCAGCUCGAGCAGCAGCAGUUCCAGCAAAGGCAGCAGCAACAACAGUAACAGCUACAGCAGCAGCGGGAACAACAGCAGCAGCAGCAGCAACGGCUACAGCAGCAGCAGCAACAGCAGCAGCAGCAACAGCAAUAUAG